AGGCACAUGUGGCUUGCAUGCUGUUGGUGGAAAUAGGAUUGGCCAGGGCAAUCAGCACUAAUCCUGCUCCAGGGAUAUGGUUAGCUCAUUCCACACUUGGCUUUUCCUGAAGAGCGCAGCAGGGACCCACUUCACCUCUACAGCUCCACAGCGGACUCACGGACUGUCGGGGAUGGCAAGCACAUUCUCAAGAAUGCUGACGGGCCGCAAGACCGCGGUGCUCCUGGCCAGCCUGGGCGCCGGCGCUUUGGCCACUGGGUACCUUGUGAGCGACACCAACCAGGCUGCCCACCUGGAGAGGAGGAAACUCUACCCACCAAGUGCUGACUUCCCAGAUCUCCGCAAACACAACAACUGCAUGGCCUCCAACCUAACCCCAGCCAUUUACAGCCGGCUUAGAGACAAAGUCACCCCCGCAAACUGGACUCUGGACCAAUGCAUCCAGACCGGAGUGGACAACCCUGGGCACCCCUUCAUUAAGACCGUGGGCAUGGUGGCUGGCGAUGAGGAGUGCUAUGAGGUUUUUGCUGAUCUGUUUGAUCCUGUCAUCAAGGAAAGGCACAAUGGGUAUGAUCCGCGCACCAUGAAACACGUUACUGACCUGGACAGCUCGAAGAUCACCUCGGGCCAGUUCGACGAGCGCUACGUGCUGUCGUCCCGGGUGCGCACGGGCCGCAGUAUCCGGGGGCUCAGCCUGCCCCCCGCCUGCUCCCGCGCCGAGCGGAGGGAGGUGGAGCGGGUCGCCGUGCAGGCCCUGUCCGGCCUGAAAGCCGACCUGGCCGGCAGAUACUACCGGCUGAACGAGAUGACGGAGCAGGAGCAGCAGAGACUCAUUGACGACCACUUCCUGUUUGAUAAGCCGGUUUCCCCGCUGUUGACGUGCGCCGGGAUGGCGCGCGACUGGCCAGACGCCAGGGGAAUCUGGCAUAACUUUGACAAGACCUUCUUGAUAUGGAUCAAUGAGGAGGACCACACCCGAGUCAUUUCCAUGGAGAAGGGCGGCAACAUGAAGCGGGUGUUUGAGAGGUUCUGCCGGGGCCUGAAAGAGGUACAGUCUGUCUGUCUUCACUGCAGCUACUGUCCACAUAGUGAGAGAUCUCCGGAGUUCAGCUGGUGAGAACAUCUUCUCUACAUUAUGUUAUUGCCUCUCAACAUUAUCUAGGGGAUGAACUCUGCACUUUCAUAACGAGCAUCUUCGAUUUCACAGGAUCCCCGCUUCAGCAAGAUCCUGGAUAACCUGCGACUCCAGAAGCGGGGUACCGGCGGGGUGGACACCGCUGCAGUAGGAGACGUGUUUGAUAUUUCCAAUAAUGACCGUAUUGGUCGAUCGGAGGUGGAGCUGGUCCAGCUCGUUAUCGAUGGAGUCAACUAUCUCAUUGAGUGUGAGAAGAGACUGGAGAAGGGUCAAGACAUCAAGGUCCCCGCCCCCCUGUCCCAGUUUCGAAAGUGAGCUCCUCGAUCUGAGCGCAGCAGGGUGGCUGCUGCAGAGAAAGGCACAGCCCUGCUUCCACGAGCGACAGAACUGAAGGUCUUGCACGUAAUAGAGCCUCUAAUAAAUUCUUCUAGUAAAGA